AUGCAAAAUAUCAGGAUUACGCAAGAUGGGCAGAUCAAGUGCGAGCGGUUCUUCUUUUCCAAGUACAGCCUGCCCUACGUUCUGAGUAAGGCCGCGUCGGGGUGGGCCCCCAUCGAGAGUGCUCCCAUAGUGUGCCCCCAUCGAGAGUGCUCCCAUAACAUCCCCGUGAGUGACCUGCGCCUGAUCGACUCGAGCAACAACCACAACCCCACCCUGCUGGUGAGGAAGAACAUGAUCCUGUUGCGCACGGGCUUCAUCAGCUGUGUGAUUCGGUUCAACGAGCUAUGGAUGUUCGAGCCGAAGAAUCCCCUAGUGGUGAAGGCCACCAACUUGGUUAAAAAGAAUUUUAAAAGGAAAAGUGACUUGGAUGGUAAUGAAGCGGAAGAAGAAGGGAGGCCAAAUGGGCAAGCACAGAAUGUAACGAGUUGCUUUUUAGGGAAGGACGACUGUCCUGGGGUAGCCGAUCAGGCAUGCCCAAGAACUACCUCGGAGGAGCGGUCUACAGAUGCCACUCCGUACUGCCCCAUAGACGGAACACAGGAGUGUCCCUCUCCAGACGAACUAAACCACGUCAAUGUUAAAAACCAUUUUUACAAACACAAAGCGAAUAUCUAUUUCGAGUUCCUGUGUCUGGACAUUUGCAUGCAGCUAUCUAUAAAGGAAUACGAGGAAGAUCUAUAUCGUCUAAACGAACAAAUAAAAGGAAUAAUAUUACAACAACGAAAGGAAGAAAACAACGAAAUUAAUAUCCUGACGAAUAAUCUACUUCGAGAUAUGAUGAAAAUAAAAAAUAAUUUGCAAAAAUUUUCAAAUCUGUUAAAUGCUCUCCGUAACAGUAUCGAAAAAAUUUUAAAUAAUCACAUGGAUAUGGAAAAUAUGUAUUUGACUUUUAUGAAAACGAAUGUAACCAAGGAAGGAAUUUAUUCUGAUAAUUGCAGUAGGUCUUGUAGUCCCAUAAAGGAUUGCACAGAUUUAGAGAUAGUUUUAGAGACCCAUUUACAGUUAACGGAUGAGUUGUAUAGAGAAUUAGAAAAUGUGGAGGAGAAAAUUACUCACUAUGAAGAACUGAUGAGAUUGAAUUUGGAUUACAAUCGAAAUAAAUUCAUUCUUUUAAAUGUAAAGAUAUCCUUUGCUACUUUAUUUUUUUCCAUUUCUUCUGUCAUCACAAGUUUGUUCGGUAUGAACUUAAAGAAUUUUUGUGAAGAGAGCGACUAUGUGUUUUUCUUGAUCUCUCUUUCGGUAUGUGUGUCUUCUUUCCUUGGGAUACACCUCACGAGGAACAUCAACACGAUUCUCCGCUUCUUCGACCGAUAUCGAGUGAAGUAG